AUGAUAGUAUCCUCAUGGAAUAUGAGAGGCUUCAAUAGAGCCUCAAAACAUGGGUUUAUCAGUAAGUUUCUGCGGUCUCAAAAGGUGGAUAUCUUGGCAGUGCUAGAAACCAGAGUACAAAAGAGUAAAAUGGGGAAAAUAUGUACUGAUUAUUUCUCAGAAUGGAAGUAUUUGGAGAAUUAUGAUAAAUCCUCCAAUGGUAGGAUAUGGGUAUUCUAUAAGCCGGAUCUGAAGGUUACAACUGAGAUAAUAGAGGAAAAUUUUGUGCAUUUGAAGGUUAGGGGAGGUGAGGACUGUCAGAUUACUGUGGUAUAUGGGUCUAACGAUGAAGUAGUAAGGCGCCAAACUUAUGCACAAAUGAAGUCUAUCCAAACCAGUAAUGAGGCUUGGUUAGUUCUUGGGGAUUUCAACGCUAUACUUGCUGCAUCUGAAGCUUCAAAUGGAACUCCUCCAGGGUCUAGUGGUCAGGAUUUUCUGGACUGGAUUGAUGAAAUGCAAUUGGAAGAACAUAAAGUAGCAGGGGAAUGCUUCACCUGGGUAAAUAAGCAAACUCGAAAUCCUAUAGCUCGUAAACUGGAUAGAAUUUUCACGAACAGCCAUUGGCUUACAAAAUUUCCAGGUAGUUAUGCUAGCACUAUAACUCCAGGCACACACUCAGAUCACUGUGGACUUCUCCUGAAUUCAAUCUGA